AACAAUAUAUAAUACCCACCAACCAAACAUUUCUUGCAUCUUACAACCAAAACCAAAUUUUCAUAUAAAAAAGAGGUGUCCUAUUUUUUAUAUGUGGUGUUUUCCUUGCUAGCUUGAAGUUACACACAAAAAUAUCCUCAUCUGUAACUCCAAACUCUUGAAGAAUUUCUUUUUCUUGAGUUACACAUCAUGAGGAGCUUUUCAAAGAGUAAAUUCUCUCAAUGUUUUCGCCCUGUUGUUGAUCUAGAUGACCUACUUGAAUCUAAAGUUGUUGCUCAUCACCACUCAAAGAACAAACAUACAGUUUUAAAAGUGAUCAAAGCUAUGGUGUUGGAAACUAUAUUGAAUAGAAGAGCUCGUCAUAAAACUUGUUACGGCUUUGAUUGUUUUGGUGUGUCAAAGCAUAAUUAUUCGACGUAUAAGAAAGUAACCAACGCCACUCAAUCGUCUUUGACAAGUUUAUCUUCAGAUAAUUCAACGGUAUCACAAUCAAAGAACAUGUCCACCAAAGGAAAACAUGAGAAAGAAACUAAACAAGAAAGCGCAAUAUUAGAGAAACAAAAGAAGUUUGAGUUUCGUGCAAUUUGUUUGGUUCUAAUAAGCUUAGUAUUUACUGUGUUUUUCGGGAAACUAUUUGGAAUUUUUCUGACUUCAAUAUGGAUCUUCCUUUUCUCUCUUUGCAACUCAAACUAUAGGUGCCGAAAGAUGUUGCCAUAUGGUGCAAGAUACAGUGUAGUGCAUAGUCCAAAGUAUAUGGAUGUGAAUGGUCAUUAUAGAAAGUGAAGUACCAUAAUGAUCAUUUGACACAGAUCACAAUGAAGGAACAAGUCAUCUUAGAGUAUGUUAUAAGGUUGGGAGAAACAAUUUCACAAUUAUCCCCUUUGCCUUUCCUUCGAAUUGGAUUUCAUGCAGUUACAACAAGUAACAGGAUACUGUCACAAAUCUAAGAGGUCAAAUCUUAAAUUGGCGGAUGAGAUUGUUUUACUGCAGAAAAAUGAGCUUGAAAUGUAAUUAAUCAUCCAAUCUCAAAUCAACGGUCUUGAUCCGGUUCACAGAAAAACCGUGUGGAAAUGCUACAGCAGCAAACAGGGAGAAUUUAUAUGAUGGAGUUUGUAAAUUGCUUUCUGACACAAGAUUUAUUAUCUAACAAAUGCUUGUAGAAAAAGUUGUUGUAUAGAAAAUUUACUUCACAAAGAAUUUUCAUUACAAGGGUAUUAAUACCUGUGUCUAAAAAAUGAUUUUUGAGCCAAAAAAGUCUUUAGCGAUCAAUGCUUUAAUAUAUUAUGGGUUUUAGUGCUUUUUUCAAAGGGAUGAUCACACAUUUGAAGUAAAGUGAAGCGAGUAAAUAAGAAUGGGAGCUUAGUGAUUUUUUCUAUUUUUCAAAAAAGAAAGGGCUUCUCCCAAUAAAAAGAGGGCACUUCUGUCAAAAAAAUAUAAAAAGAAAGGGAAAUUCUUCGGUCCCGAUUCACCUUUUCAGUAGGACGAUUUGAUCAAAUAAAAAACUGCCACGUGGUUUUGUUGUUGUAGAAAUAAGUUAUGUUUAGGGCUCCUUCGUCGUUCAUAAAGAUACUUUAUCGUUUUUCUUUCUCCGUUAAUGAACGAAUUUGUUAUUUUUUCAGUUUUGUACAUCAUACUCAUUUAUGAUAGAAGAUUGGAUGCAUAGAAAGUAAGAUUUAAUGUCCAUGGUUUCUUAGCAUAUGUCACUACAAGAAAUAAGGAGAUUUCCUAGGAUUAUUAUCAUCGGUAAACAGACAAAAUUCCUAGGAAGCAUCGACUUUCGAGGUAACUAUUUAUGGCAAAUUGUGUCU